AUGGCACAGAAGGUAGAGAAGAGGAAGAAGCUUGAUGACGCCAUCACAUCAUUUGUUCAAGAUCAAUCAAAUAGACUUCACAAACUGGUGGUUGCUCACGAUGUCUCCGACAAGCAAGUGAAGGACAUCCUCAGUCUCAAGCCACACUACCACAGAAAAUGCUGUGUGCAAUUGCGCAAUGUAUUUGUGCACAUUAAAUCCAAGGAGCUUAAUGAAGGUCACCCUAUUGGAGACAAGUAUAGCCUAGAGCAAAUACAGAACAUCAUUGAUAGUGAUCCUGCGUAUAAGCAACUGUCGGCUGAGGAGGAACAGGACUACAUCAACUAG